AUGCUUGGGCUCGAUGCCCAAGCUACCCCAUCUUCAUCUUCUACGAGCAGCUCAUCCGCGCCCACGUCGGCAUCCCGAUCAUGGCGGACCCUCAGCAGCGCCGAGUUUUGGGGCGAUGACCCUGUCGAACACCUACGGGCCAAGAAGCAGUCUGUCGCUUUUGCGCUUUGCGAUUUACAAAAACUGGGAAAAGAGGGCAUGGGCAUCAUUAAGAGACAGCCGUUGCGUGCCCGCGGUCCUUACGAACCCCUCAUCAUGGCUGACGGCAGCCCCUUGCCAAAAGACCUCGCCUUCUGGACCAAGCAAUUGCAUUUUGUGACACAAGAGUGGCGCCAGAUUACGCGAAAAGAUCCCUACGGCCCUAUUGGCGGAGCGAGGACUUCUGAUCCUUGCCGGUCCUGGAUAUGGACCUGGUUGAUGGGCCUGCCCAUGAUGCUAGGUGUUGACGAAGCUGCUCCGGUGGCCGCUGUCCGCGACAUGCAAUCCAAACGACUGGAAACGGCAAUCAUCCAGUACUCGACAUCCAGAAAACGACCUCACGACAAAGUCUCUGCGAUGGAGACCGAUACUAAUCUUCCCCCUAAGCGGCCGAAGCGCGAUUCUCCCCACCACCUCGCUAAUGGGAACAGCCAAGCUGCUUUCCCACAUCCGAAUACAAGCACAGCCGCCUUCUCGGCCACUGCUUCAAAGACGUCACUGGGCAUGCAAAGAAGCCAAAAGGAACAGAAGCUGCAGACUCCGCCUAUGGUACCUCGUCGCAGUUGUCGCAUCGCCGCCUUACCAGCGGCCAAGCCUGGGUUCUACAAGACAGCGCUGGCUGGCCGCCCUUCCCCUGCUGCCGUUGCUUCAACUACAAAGACAUGCCGCAUGGUGUCGAAUCCUCUUUCGUAA